AUGAAUGAGGUUAUGUGGAAGACGAUAGAUUUUGUUGGUGCUUUUCAAUUCAUAUACGUGCUCAGUGGAUGGGAAGGUUCAGCUCAUGAUUCAAAAGUGUUAAAUGAUGCUUUAUCUAAAUAUUUCUUAGUGGAUUGUGGAUUUCCAAAUCGACGUCAAUUUUUAGCUCCAUUUCGAGGUGUACGAUAUCAUCUCCAAGAUUUUGCUGGUCAAGGUCGUGACCCCGAAAACGCAACUGAGUUGUUCAAUCUUCGCCAUGCUUCCUUGAGGAAUGUAAUUGAGAGGAUAUUUGGGAUAUUUAAAUCAAGAUUCACAAUUUUCAAGUCAGCACCUCCAUUCCCAUAUAGGACUCAAGUAGAGCUUGUGUUAGCUUGUGCAGGACUACAUAAUUUUCUUUGUAGGGAAUGUCGUUCUGAUGAAUUUCCUAUUGAACUAGAGAACGAGUCUUCAUCAUCUUCAUCAUUACCAGGGAAUGAAGGAGAUAAUGUGGAACAAGUUUUUGAAACUCAAGAACAACAACGAGAGAAUGCUAAUGAAUGGAGAGUUGGUAUAGCUUCUGACAUGUGGAGAAAUGCCAUGCAAGAUAAUAACGGAACUCAACGGUAA